AAUACGGCAUACUAUGGACUUCGACGGACUGAGACGAGAAACAUUUUUGUCAAUUGGCGUUUGAAACCCAUGAUAUCAGACCUUUGUUUGGCACAAAUUGUAGUUAGAUCACCUUUAAAUGUCUCGUGUCUUCGAGAAAGACGAUGGAGAAAUAAUCAAUGAGAGGGUAGGAAGACGCUGCUGAAGAAGAUCAUAUUUUUUUGAAGUGUUCAAAAAAGGCGAAAUUCCUCCAAAUUUAGGAGCUAUAGGGCAAAUUGAGAAGAUCAAUGGCCAAUAAACCUUCAUCCUCGUCCCUUCCUUCCAUCAAUGAAGACAUCGCUGCCGUAGAGGAAGUGCCGCUAUACGGGUCCGAAUCGGGCUGGGUGGAGGCCCGAACCCACUGCGAUCACCUUGCUUCUUUGUCGCAGGAUCUUACUCAUAUUCCAACACCGGAUACUCAAUGCAAUAGGUGCCAACAUCCCAAUGAGAAUUGGCUAUGCUUAUGCUGCAAAGAUGUCCUUUGCAGCCGUUUUGUGAACAAGCACAUGCUCGAGCAUUAUCAUCAGAGUAACCAUUGUCUGGCACUAAGCUAUAGUGAUUUAUCAGUGUGGUGUUUCUCAUGUGAUGCUUAUCUCGACGCUCAAGUGAUAUUGUCCCUGCGCCCCGCUUACGAAACUGCGUACUUACUGAAAUUUGGUGAAGCUCCACCACUUCGGAGUUGACUUGAAAGGGCUAGUGCUCAGCUUUAUGUAAUUUUUAUGGUCUCUGUUUCUAUCUUCCAUUGCCCUUCUCGGAAGAGGGCGAAGGGAAUGUGAAAGGAGUCAAGUACCGACUUUUGAAUGUUUCUGGUUAUCAAAGUGUAAUGUUUAAGAAAAAAGAAAAUGGUAUUUCACAUAUUAUCAUUUGAAUUAUUUACUUGCAGAAUUAAGCAACGCAACUGUGAUUUGAUGACUAUCUUGUUGAGUUUUGGAAGUGAUUUCACAUACGAAUUUUCA